UGUUAUUGUUAUUGUACAACCAAGGAACUGCCACAUUGCAGCACAAGUAUCUUGGGGCCACCAGGGAAGUUAAAGCUGUUUAGAGAUUGUUCAAGCUUAAUAAUCGGUUUCACCAUUAUCUGGUCAUUUGGAGAUCAUGGAAUGUGUAUUGUUCUGGUUCAUAAUAACCAGUACUCUAGGUUCAGAUGGCACCAUAAUAUUUCAACCUCUGGCUAAGCAGCAGUUUCUAAAUCCCCUGGUCAAUAAUGGAGAUUCUCCAACUCGUGAAGGUUUUGAAAUAAACCUCAACAAGCAAAUCAAUGGAAGUAAAGAAUUAAAUGAAAGUAAAAAUAAUGAAGAAAAAGACAUAUACCCAGAAGACACUGGUUUUAGGCUUAGCCCAAAUUCAUACCUGAUUGGAGAAAAGGGACAACUCCAUAAAUUAAAAAAUUAUGGAAGUAAUGGUGAAUCAAGAACCUCACAAAAUAAUUCAGUACUUCUAAAAUUAGAGUUGUCAAAUUCAGCAUCAAAAGUAAAUAUGGACAGUACUUUUAUGGAGGAAUAUUUAAUAAAUUAUUCUUUAAUAAGGUUUUGGAGACUUUUUUGGACAUAUCUCUACUCAGAUCAAAAUGCAUUGCCAGUGUUUGUGGGUAAAAUGCUUACAAGAACAUUAUCCAAAAGAAGUUUACCACCCAGUACGACUCUGAAACGUCACUUUUUAAGACAAUCCCCUUACAUUAGUAGGAUUCCUCAGUCAGUUGCUGGCUCUAGCUUAUAUGGAUCUUUUGCCUAUGCUCAAAUUGGUUCAUUCCCAUUUGAAAAUCAAGAGGAGGAGGAAGAAGGAGAGGAAGAAGAAGAGGAGGAAGAAGAGGAGGAAGAAGAAGAAGAAUAAGAAAAUAAAGACAUCUUAACUCUAGUUGCAGAAGAAGACAUGGAGUUAUUAACUCUGUGGAUAAAGGAGAGAAAACAGUGGGAAUUUUCGGACUUAAGCAGAGCAUUUGACAGUGUAUCUCGUAAACUUCUUUUAAACAAAAUUUCUUUGAAUUGGAUAAAUUCUUACUUAACUAAUAGAAAACAAUUUGUUGAGAUCAAAACUACUGAAAAAUUGUAUUAUUUGCAGCCAUUCUUCUCUUGCACAGAUUUAUCACAGCAUUCCAAAGUUCAUUUCCUGUGGUCCAUAAAAAAUGUUGUGCCUCUACGCAGAUGAUGCUAGUUUAAGGAUUAGUGAAAAAUCAUUAAAUAAUUUAGAAAAUAAUACAGUCCUAAAUCUAGCAGGUAUGAACAAUUAUUUAAGUACCAUAAUUUAUUAUUAAAUGCACGUAAAACCAAUUUUAUCAUGUUCUCAACAGGGAAAAGUAAACAAUCCAUUGAUCCAGUUGUAAAUAUUAAUAAUCAAGUUUUGACAAAAAUAACUUCCACAACAUUUUUAGGUCUAAUUGUAGAUGAAAACUUGACAUGGAAUCUCCACAUCGACCUUGUAGUUAGUAAGGUUACUUCAGGAGUAUAUGCUAUUUACCGAAUGUCAACCAAAUUUUGUUCUACUAAUACAUUUAACGCACUCUAUUAUGCACUGGUCGUAUCAUCUGUUGCUUUAGGUAUUGUUAUUUAUGGUGAUACAUCAAAGCAGAACUUAGAUAGGAUUUUUCUUGUUCAAAAAAGACUUAUACAAACCAUGUUGAAUCUAAAUUUGUAUGUUUCAGUUCGCCAACAGUUUUUUUCACUUGGUCAUUAUGACUACAGGCUUUAUGUGUUUCAUACCACACUACAUGUUAAACAAUUAUGUAAUGAUAGUUUAAUUCCUAGGAUAGGUGACAUAUAUACUUAUUUUACCAGACAGAAACGAAAUUGGCAUUGAUUCCCAUUGGCUAGAACUCUUUAAUAAAAAAAUAUCAAGUGCAGGUGCAAAAAUUGUAUUGAGGCUUCCUAUGGAAUUAAGAGGCGUUGAUAACUUUAAAAAAAGCUAAAAUUCUAUUUAACAGAGAAAAUAUUGUAUAGGUUAACUAAACUAUAAUUAAUUCAGUUCUCUUAUUAUAUACUCUAUAUAUUUGAUUGAUAUUGUUUAUAUAUGUUUAUUUUAGUUUUUAAGGUUGAGUUUAUUCUAAUGGCACCUUUCAAUGUAUACCACUGCAUACUUUAUGAAUAAAGUUAUUUUCAUUUAAGUUCAA